AUGAUGUACGCUCACAAUCCCAACAUUCUUCAAGUCAAAGAGAGAAGAGAUAUCAAUGACCAUGAAGUAGAUGAUGACAAUGAUGAUGGCUCUAACACUGAUAGUGGUGAUAUUCCAGAAACUCAAGUUCAGGAGACGCAAGAAGAUGAAGAAGUGUAUCGUGUUAUAGUUGAUGAGGAUAUACCUCAUUUGAAUGAAACGAUAUUGCUCGUAUGGGAGUCCACAUUCAGGAGGGAUAUCAUCUGGAAGUCCAUCUUUGUUUGUAACAGUUUAGGAGGACAAAGUUCAGGAGGAUUAUGGGCUCCCAGUUUUCAACAAUGGGGCACACCACCAAAUGCUCAACAAUGGGGAUCACCCCAACCAGCUCCACAAUGGGGCACACCACCGAAUGCUCCACAAUGGGGCACACCACCAAAUGCUCCACAGUGGGGAACACCACCAAAUGCUCAACAGUGGGGCACACCACCAAACGCUCAACAAUGA